AUGCAGAUCGUGUGGAAGACCGUGUGUGUGGUGCUCUGCCUCACGGCCACUUGCAGCGCAGGACCGCUGACCGGCCACCAGAAGAGAAAAACCACAGCACGCGAGGAUAAAGCACCGGCAACGGCAACGGCAACGGCCACGCCCCCGACCUCAGCUGAAGUCCAGGAAAUCCCCAACGAAACGGAAACGGAGUCGGCGGCGGCGGCCACGCCCCUGGGCACUCUGACCCUGCCCAGCAAUGCCACAUCCAUACGGGCGGACAUCACGGACAACUUUUCGUGCGCCAACAAGACCUACGGCUACUACGCGGAUGUGGAGAACGAUUGCCAGAUCUUCCACGUGUGCCUGCCGGUGACCUACGCGGACGGCAGGGAGAACACCUUCCGCUGGAGCUUCAUCUGCCCGGAGGAUACGAUUUUCAGUCAAGAAUCCUUCACGUGCAUGCGUCGCGAGGACAUGACCAUCGAGUGCGAGGACAGCGCCCGCUACUACGAGCUGAACGGCAACUUUGGAGGCGCCCCCGUCCAGGAGGAGGACAAGCAGCAGCAGCAGCAGCAGCAGGUCGCUGAGCCGGAGGAGGAGGAGGAGGAGCAGUCCGCCCCGGCCACGGCCCCCGUGGAGCCAGAACCCAAGCCCGUUGUCGCCCAGCCCUCGAGGCCAGUCAAGGUGCAGGCCAAGCCCAAGCCAAAGCCCAAUCGCCGCAAGCCCCAGCCCCAGCUCCAGUCCCAGGCCCAGUCCCAGCCCCAGAGGAAGCCGCCAGUGCCAGUGGCCCCCGAGCCGCAGCGCUUCACCAUGCGGCCCCACAAGCCCCAGCCUCUGGCAGCCGCCCCCGUGCGCAACGAGCUCUUUGCCGGCAUUCGCAAGCGUCCCGCGAUCUUCAACAAGCCCACAACGACCCCAAGGCCCGUGGAGGAGCUCCUAGAGACCGAGCCGGUUGUCACCGAGGCGCCUGUACUGCAGCUCAGCGAGCCCCAGCCCACGGUCCAGCUGCAGACGAUGUUCGAGGAGGCCGCAGAAGAAGUGCCGGAGCCGGAGCCGGAGCCGGAGGUGCAGGCCUCGGAGCCAGCGGUGGCCAUAGCGGAGCCGGAAGAGGCCACACCAGAAAAGGCGGCGCCCAUAAAGAUGGAAAUUGCAACAGGACUCGAGGAAGUGAAGCCCAUUGAGGCCAUCGAGGAGAUUCCCGCCGUCAUUGUGGAGAGCUUGGAGGGAGAGGGGCCCCAGGAUACGGAGGAGAAGCCGCUGGUGGAGGAGAUCAAGCCAGCUGCUGUCGAGGAAGAGAAGGAAGUGCCAGCCGCUGAAGAGGAGAAGGAAAAGCCCUCUGCCGAUGAGGAGAAGGAAGUCCCAGCCGCCGAGGAAGACAAGGAAGUCCCAGCCGCCGAGGAAGACAAGGAAGUUCCAGCCGCCGAGGAAGACAAGGAAGUUCCAGCCGCCGAUGAGGAGAAGGCAGUGCCAGCCAAGGUUGAGCAGAGCCAAGAGGGAAACCGCAACAAGCCCGCCAUUACCGAGACCGACGAGGAGAUCCUCAGCAGCAUUGAAGCCCUCGAGACAGCGCGGCCAGCCGAUGCUCCCGAGAGCAUAGCGGCCACCCCGGAGAUGCACGAGCACAGUCCCCUGGUGGAGGAGAUCCUGCUCGACAACAAGGAGACCCAGGAGUCGCUCGGCGGCUUCAAGCCCGUCGAUCCAGCGAUGGCCGCCGAGGCCGAGCAGCUGAUCACGGACUUCCUCAAUACGCUGAAGAAAGGCGAAGAGAAACCCGAGACUGAGCUGGCCACAGCCGCCAUGGACAUGGCCGAGACUCUCGGCCAGGAGCUGGACACCAAGCAGUCGCCCGAUGUCUCCGUCGAAGAGGCCAAGCUGCCGGAGCCCGAAAUCGUGGACAAGAACGCCUCGAUCGAGGAGCAGCUGCCGGAGGAGUCGGCGCUUCAGAAGUCCCCGCCAAAGAUCAUGACCGACUCGCCGAUCAUACAAAUCAUGCAGUACAACCAUCUGCCCAUGGACUACCAGAUACCCGUGCAGGUGGUUCCCCUGGGGGAGGAGGAGGUGCAGCCACAGGCAGCCGAGGCAGUCCCUGAGGAGGCAACAGCCGCCACGCCUGAGGAGGCAGGCCCCCAGACGGUCGAGGAAGCCCCUGCCGCUUAUAUGCCCUCAAUCAGCAUCGAUGAUAUUGUGGAGCUCGUCAAGGAGCGCCUCGACCAGACGCCCAAGAACCAAGAACAGAUGGCUCCCAUGGAGCUGGUCGUGACACCCGGUGCUGCUGCCCCCCUGGCCCUGAUUCAGAGCCCGAAACCCUCGGAGCCGGAGCAGGCCUUGGAGCCGGAGCAGGAGCAGGCCUCGGAGCCCGAACAGGAGAUGAUUCUGCCCAUCUACAAGCGCGUCUCGAUGGCCGAGCCGGCCAUGACCAAGGUGCAAACGCUGCCCGUGACUGUGAGCAAGGUGGAUGCGGAAACGGACACGGCCAAGGAAUCCCAGUCCCAGGCCGAGUCCCAGGCCGAGUCCCAGUCCCAGUCCCUUGGCAAAAUGGAUGCCCGCAAGCGUAGAUUCCUCUUCCGCGCCGAUGCCAGUUAG